AUGCGACUGUUCCCGCGAUUUCCCUACAAACUUCUGAGCAAGACACGGUGGCUGACAAAUACAGUGUGUCUCGGAGACAAUUGGAGCAGUUGUGCACAACCCUGCUUCGAAGACGAGCUAGCGCGCCUCCGUUCCAGCAAGCUGGGAACGACGGGUUCACUUCAGGAGGCGAAGCGCCCUCAGACGCACAUUGGCGGCGAGGGCUUCACAGGCACACGAGACGAAAAAGCUGUCGUCUACCGAGGAGCGACGCUCAAGAACACCUCCAGCGGGGGCAAGAGUGCGGAAACUGGGUUUUCCUUCUUGCCUCGGGUCCACUUUCACUCUUUGAGCGUUCCGCAGCCGGCUUCAGAAAAAAUGGAACAUCCGGGCGCCGACGGCGCUAUGCAAGCUCCGGUGAGGUUCCAGAGUGUGUCGAAAGAGGAGGCGGAUCACCUAGCGCCCAUCCGAACAAGCGUUACAAUAAGUGAAGAAAAUGGAACGGAGCUGCAGGCCCCCAUUGUUUGGAUUGAUUGCGAGAUGACUGGACUGGACGUCGAGAGAGACCAAAUCAUCGAAAUUGCAGUCAUUGUGACUGACGGCCAGUGCAGAAGGCGCAUCGUUGGCCCCCAUUUGAUCAUCCACGCCAGUGACAAACUGCUCGAUGGAAUGGAUGAAUGGUGUAAAAAGACUCACGGCAACUCGGGCCUCACUGCGGCCUGCCGGCAGUCGACUACGACGCUGGCCGACGCCGAGGAGAAAAUUCUGGACUUUGUCUCCCGCCAUGUAGCGACAACGCGUGUUGCUCCGCUGGGCGGGAAUAGUGUUCAUGUAGACAGGCAGUUUCUCACGAAGCAGAUGCCAAGGCUUAUUGCACACCUUAGCUACCGAAUAAUCGAUGUGUCCACUGUGAAGGAGCUCGCGAAGCGAUGGAAGCCGGAAUUGCCCUUUUUCGAAAAAGCAAACAACCAUCGGGCGCUGGACGAUAUACACGCAAGCAUCGACGAACUCCUGUAUUACUCUCAACAUUUGUUUCGGAUUGGUCAGUGA